AUGCGCAGUUGCGCGUCGUUCCGCUCGUUUUGCUUCAACUCCAAAAUUGUGUAUGGUGCGCUCGGUGCGCUCUCCAAGAGUCGUCCUCAGACCUCUACCAUCAAUCCAGAAGAGAAAGAUCGGGUUUUCCUCUCCUCCAUCAACGAUAACCGUUCUUCAUCUCGAAUUCGCCUCGGAUCGUUCUUCACAUCGCUAACUCGAAUCUCACCCGCCUCGAUUCUUAAGAAUCCAUCCCCUACAAUCAUCAUUGCUAUCCGCGCUAACGAAAAGUACUCGAACGCUGCCGAUGUUUCCGUUUUGUUCUAUUGGACUUCGCCUAAAAAUGAUGCUGCUGUUGCCGCCGUUGAUUUUGCCAUCGCCGUUCCAUUCGCCUAUUGCAUGCCGAUCUCCAUAACCAUCGAUCCGAUCCACGUCCAAGUCGCUUUGCCCGUUACUCAUGUAUCCUCUGCCUCGAACUUGCCACAACCUCUCCGAUCCUUCCUGGUUAAACCUAGCUGCCGACUCGAUCUCGCUACUUGCAUCUCCAUCCUACGCCUCAAUCCGUUCGCCUAUGUACAUAACAUCGAUCCGAUCUCCGUCCCAGUUGCUUUGCCUCUAGCCUAUCUAAACCACACCGCCAUCUGCGCGCCGACAGCCAUAAGAUCGAUCCCAUUCGCGUUCUAG